AAGUCGGUCCGCCGCGUUUUCGGUCCGCCGCGUUUUCCGCCCGCAGUGCGCAAGGGUGGUGUCGCGGCCGCAGGCGGGGCGUGCGCCUCUCGUCUUUUCCAGGGGUCCGGGAGCUGCGCGGGCCCCGGGGUCCAGCGGCGAGACGCUUGUUAUGAAGACGAAGGGGAGGCUGUUCAAGAAAGCCAAUUAAUUUUGUACACGUAAUACUUAUUAUCUUCUGAUAAUUGGAUCAGAAGAUGAAUCCAACUAAUCCUUUCAGUGGGCAGCAGCCUAGCGCUUUUUCAGCAUCUUCUAGUAGUUCCAUAACAACAUUCCCAUCCAAGGCGCCGUUUCGAUUUGGUCAACCUCUUUUUGGACAAAACAGUACCUUAUGUGGGAAGAGCUCAGGAUUUUCACAGGUAUCCAGCUUUCCAGCGUCUCCUGGAGUAAGUCAUUCCUCUUCAGUGCAAACAUUAGGGUUCACCCAAACCUCAACUGUUGGACUCUUUUCUGGACUUGACCACACAUCCACCUUUGUAGCUACCUCUGGGCCUUCAACUUCAUCUGUGCUGGGAAACCCAGGAUUUAGUUUUAAAUCACCCACCAGUGUUGGGGCUUUCCCAAGCACUUCUACUUUUGGACAAGAAGCUGGAGAAAUAGUGAGUUCUGGUUUUGGGAAAACAGAAUUCGGCUUUAAACCUCUGGAAAACGCAAUGUUUAAACCAAUAUUGGGGGCUGAUGCUGAGCCAGAGAAAACCCAGAGCCAAAUUGCUUCUGGGUUUUUCACAUUUUCCCACCCAAUUAGUAGUGCAGCUGGAGGCCUGACGCCUUUCUCUUUUCCUCAAGUAACAAGUAGUUCAGCUACCAAUUCAGAUUUUACUUUUUCAAAACCAGUUAGUAGUAAUAAUUCAUUAUCUGCUUUUACCCCUGCUUUGUCAAAUCAAAAUGUAGAAGAAGAGAAGAGAGGACCUAAGUCAGUAUUUGGAAGUUCUAAUAACAGCUUCAGUAGCUUCCCUGUGUCGUCAUCUGCAGUUUUGGGUGAACCCUUCCAGGUCAGCAAAGCAGGUGUCAGGCAGGGGUGUGAAGAAGCUGUUUCCCAGGUGGAACCACCUCCCAGCCUAAUGAAAGGCCUGAAAAGGAAGGAGGACCAAGAUCGUUCCCCAAGGAGACAUGGCCAUGAAACAGAAGAUUCUGAUCCUCUGUCCAGGGGGGAUCAUCCUCCAGAUAAACGACCUGUCCGCCUGAAUAGACCCCGGGGAGGUACUUUGUUUGGUCGGACGAUACAGGAUGUUUUCAAAAGCAAUAAAGAAGUAGGUCGCCUGGGCAACAAGGAGUCCAAAAAGGAAAUUGGCUUUGUUGAGUCUGGAGAAAGUGACCACAUGGCUACCCCAGGAGGGAGUCAGUCUCUCCUGGCACCUUCCCGGAUUCCAGGUUUGAAUAAAGAGGAAGAAACUGAAAGUAGAGAGAAAAAAGAAGAUUCUUUAAGAGGAACUCCUGUACGUCAGAGUAAAAGAAGCGAGAGCACAGAUAGUCUUGGGGGCUUGUCUCCCUCUGAAGUCACAGCGAUCCAGUGCAAGAACAUCCCUGACUACCUGAACAACAGAACCAUCCUGGAGAACCAUUUUGGCAAAAUUGCUAAAGUGCAGCGCAUCUUUACCAGGCGCAGCAAAAAGUUCGCAGUAGUACAUUUCUUUGAUCAUGCAUCUGCAGCCCUGGCUAGAAAGAAGGGGAAAAGUUUGCAUAAAGACAUGGCGAUCUUUUGGCACAGGAAGAAAAGCCCCAAUAAGAAACCCUUUUCCCUGAAGGAGAAGAAGCCUGGUGAUGUUGUAGUCAGCCCGAGCCCGGAAGACACACCGUUUCAGCACUCGCCUCUUGGCAAGGCCGCAGGGAGGGCUGGUGCUAGCAGCCUGCUGAAUAAAAGGUGGGAUGGCCCCUCCGAUAUCACGCAGCAGCACCUCUGCGACCCGCUGACGGUGUCCCUGAUUGAGAAGUGCACCCGAUUUCACAUCCACUGUGCCCACUUCAUGUGUGAGGAGCCUAUGUCUUCUUUUGAUGCCAAGAUCAAUAAUGAGAACCUGACCAAGUGCCUGCAGAGCCUGAAGGAAAUGUACCAGGACCUGAGAAACAAGGGCGUCUUCUGUGCCAGCGAAGCGGAGUUCCAGGGCUACAAUGUUCUGCUCAGUCUCAACAAGGGAGACAUUCUAAGUGAGAGACAUGAGGAAGGAAUCCUCCUAGUGAGACAGGUGGACCACGCAGCAGCCGUGAAAGAGUACAGCCGGUCCUCAGCUGAUCAGGAGGAGCCUCUGCCCCACGAGCUGCGGCCCUUGGCAGUGCUCAGCAGGACUAUGGAUUACCUGGUGACCCAGAUCAUGGACCAGAAGGAGGGCAGCCUGAGGGACUGGUACGACUUCGUGUGGAACCGCACACGUGGCAUACGGAAGGAUAUCACGCAGCAGCACCUCUGCGACCCGCUGACGGUGUCCCUGAUUGAGAAGUGCACCCGAUUUCACAUCCACUGUGCCCACUUCAUGUGUGAGGAGCCUAUGUCUUCUUUUGAUGCCAAGAUCAAUAAUGAGAACCUGACCAAGUGCCUGCAGAGCCUGAAGGAAAUGUACCAGGACCUGAGAAACAAGGGCGUCUUCUGUGCCAGCGAAGCGGAGUUCCAGGGCUACAAUGUUCUGCUCAGUCUCAACAAGGGAGACAUUCUAAGAGAAGUACAACAGUUCCAUCCUGCUGUUAGAAACUCCUCCGAGGUGAAAUUUGCUGUUCAGGCUUUUGCUGCAUUGAACAGUAAUAAUUUUGUGAGAUUUUUCAAACUGGUCCAGUCAGCUUCUUACCUGAAUGCUUGUCUUUUACACUGUUACUUUAAUCAGAUCCGCAGGGAUGCUCUCCGGGCGCUCAACUUUGCAUACACGGUGAGCACACAGCGAUCUACCGUCUUUCCCCUGGAUGGCGUGGUGCGCAUGCUGCUGUUCCAAGACUGCGAAGAGGCGACUGACUUCCUCACCUGCCACGGCCUCACCAUUUCUGACGGCUGUGUGGAGCUGAACCGGUCUGCUUUCCUGGAACCAGAGGGAUUAUCCAAGACCAGGAAGUCAGUGUUUAUUACCAGGAAGCUGACGGUGUCCAUUGGGGAAAUUGUGAAUGGAGGGCCAUUGCCCCCCAUCCCUCGUCACACCCCUGUGUGCAGCUUCAACUCCCAGAACAAGUACGUUGGGGAGAGCCUGGCCACAGAGCUGCCCGUCGGCACCCAGAGACCCGGCUCGGACACAGUGGGUGGAGGGAGAGGAGAGGAGUGUGGCCUCGAGCGAGAUGCGCCCCUGCCCAGUCUCCCGCAGCCUCUCCCUGCCCCUGCGCCCUUGCCAGUGCCUCUGCCUCCCAUCCUGGCACUGAACAUGUCUGGGGCGCCUGGCCUCUUCCAGCCCCCUGUGCAGCCUGAGUUGCCUCCUCCAGAGCCCGUGCCCGUGUACUCUGAUGAGGACCUGGAACAGGUGGUGGAUGAGCUCAUCCAGGAGGCUCUGCAGAGGGACUGCGAGGAAGUCGGCUCUGCAGGCGCUGCCUACGCGGCUGCUGCUCUGGGUGUUUCUAAUGCUGCUGUGGAGGAUUUGUUAACAGCUGCAACCACAGGCAUUUUGAGGCACAUCGCAGCCGAAGAAGUGACUAAGGAAAGGGAACGAAGAGAGCAGGAGAGGCAGCGGGCUGAAGAGGAAAGGUUGCAGCGGGAGAGAGAGCUGGCGUUAACUGAGCUGAGCCAGGGCCUGGCUGCAGAGCUGAUGGAACAGGUGAUGAUGGAGUUUGUGAGGGAAACCUGCUCUCAGGAGUUGAAGAAAGCAGUAGAGACAGACCAGAGGGUCCGCAUGGCCCGUUGCUGUGAGGAUGUCUGUGCCCACCUUGUGGACUUGUUUCUCGUGGAGGAAAUCUUCCAGACUGCAAAGGAGACACUCCAGGAGCUUCAGUGCUUCUGCAAGUAUCUGCAGCGGUGGAGGGAAGCUGUCGCAGCCCGGAAGAAACUGAGGCGCCAGAUGCGGGCUUUCCCUGCUGCGCCCUGCUGCGUGGACGUGAGCGACCGGCUGAGGGCGCUGGCGCCCAGCGCAGAGUGCCCCAUUGCUGAGGAGAACCUGGCCAGGGGUCUCCUGGACUUGGGCCACGCAGGGAAAUUGGGCAUCUCCUGCACCAGGUUAAGGCGGCUCAGAAAUGAGACGGCUCACCAGAUGAAGGUUCAGCACUUCUACCAGCAGCUGCUGAGCGACGUGGCGUGGGCGUCUCUGGACCUGCCAUCCCUUGUGGCUGAGCAUCUCCCUGGGAGGCAGGAGCAUGUGUUUUGGAAGCUGGUGCUGGUGUUGCCGGAUGGAGAAGAGCAGUCCCCAGGGAGUCCUGGCAGAAUUCUGGCAAAUUGGUUGAAAGUAAAGUUCAUGGGAGAUGAUGGCUCAAUGGAUGACAUGUGCAGCGAUGCUGGUGGGAUUCAGACGCUUUCGCUUUUCAACUCGCUUAGCGGCAAAGGGGAUCAGAUGAUUUCUGUAAACGUGUGUAUAAAGGUGACCCAUGGCGCCCUCAGUGAUGGCGCCAUUGAUGCUGUGGAGACGCAGAAGGACCUCCUGGGAGCCAGUGGGCUCAUGCUGCUGCUUCCCCCCAAAGUGAAGAGUGAGGACGUGGCAGAGGAGGACGUGUACUGGCUGUCGGCCUUGCUGCAGCUCAAGCAGCUCCUGCAGGCCAAGCCCUUCCAGCCUGCACUUCCGCUGGUGGUUCUUGUGCCCAGCUCAGGAGGGGACGCCGUUGAGAAGGAAGUAGAGGAUGGUCUGAUGCUUCAGAACUUGGUUUCAGCUAAACUGAUUUCAGAUUACACUGUUACGGAGAUCCCUGAUUCCAUUAAUGAUCUACAAGGUUCAACUAAGGUUUUGCAAGCGGUGCAGUGGUUGGUUUCCCAUUGCCCCCAUUCCCUUGACCUUUGCUGCCAGACUCUCAUUCAGUACGUCGAAGAUGGGAUUGGCCGUGAGUUUAGUGGCCGCUUUUUCCAUGACAGAAGAGAGAGGCGACUGGGUGGCCUUCCUUCGCAGGAGCCUGGCGCCAUCAUUGAGCUGUUUAACAGUGUGCUGCAGUUCCUGGCUUCCGUGGUGUCCUCUGAACAGCUGUGUGACCUGUCCUGGCCUGUCACUGAGUUUGCUGAGUCGGGGGGCAGCCGGCUGCUUCCUCACCUGCACUGGAAUGCCCCAGAGCACCUGGCCUGGCUGAAGCAGGCUGUGCUCGGGUUCCAGCUUCCGCAGAUGGACCUUCCGCCCCUGGUGGCCCCCUGGCUCCCCGUGUGCUCCAUGGUUGCGCAGUACGCCUCUCAGAUCCCCAGCUCAUGCCAGACGCAGCCUGUCCUCCAGUCCCAGGUGGAGAACCUGCUCCGCAGAACCUACCGUAGGUGGAAGAGCAAGAGCCCCUCCGCAGUCCAUGGGGCAGGCCCCUCCGUCAUGGAGAUCCCAUGGGAUGAUCUCAUCGCCUUGUGUAUCAACCACAAGCUGAGAGACUGGACACCCCCCCGGCUUCCUGUUACAUCAGAGGCACUAAGUGAAGAUGGUCAGAUAUGUGUAUAUUUUUUUAAAAACCAUUUGAAAAAAUAUGAUGUUCCUUUGUCCUGGGAACAAGCCAGAUUGCAGACACAGAAGGAGCUACAGCUGACAGACGGACGUUUGGGAAUAAAGACUUUUCAUGCUUCUGCAAACAAUUUUCCCAUACCAUUGCUUCACAUGGACGAUAACUGGAAGAGGAGCACAGAGUGUGGUCGAGAGGGGAGGAUUCCCAGCACAGAGGAUCUGAUGCGAGGAGCUUCUGCUGAGGAGCGGCUGACACAGUGUUUGUCAAGCAGUCUGCUGCUGGAGAAAGAGGAGAACAAGAGGUUUGAAGAUCAACUUCAGCAAUGGUUGUCUGAAGACUCAGGAGCAUUUACGGAUUUAACUUCCCUUCCCCUGUAUCUUCCUCAGACUCUAGUGUCUGUUUCUCACAAUAUUGAACCUGUGAUGAAAACAUCUAUAACUACUAGCCCACAGAAUGACAUGACAAGGGAGCAACUGCAGCUGUCAGAGGUGACAGGAACAUGUCUGACCGAACAGCUAAAGCACCUGGAAAGGCUGAUCCAGAGUUCAAGGGAAGAGGAAGUUGCCUCUGAGCUCCAUCUCUCAGCAUUGCUAGAUAUGGUGGACAUUUGAGCAGCCUGACUUGUGGGGAGGGGGGGGUCUCUCCAGAAGAGUUGGUUUUUACUCAAAAUAAUGUUAUUCUCAGAUGCUCGAUGCACUGUUGGAAGUGUGAUUAUUAAUCAUGCAAAUAAACCAUUUAAAUGUCAAA